AAAAAAAAAAAAAACUUCAAUUCCCUUCUUCACUGUAGUUGCUAAAUAGAUAUUGAAAGGAAUAACAGAAUUCUCUAAAGACCACUGAAAUGUUUAUGAAUCCAUGUAACUUAUUAGUUAAUAGAGCUUAUUGGAUUCUUCAAUAAGCUUUCAGUCACACAACACUAAAACCACACACAACCAGUCACAGUGACCUGCCCUUACUAGUAAUUAAGGGCACACCAGGGAUAUGUUAACAAAAUGUAUUCAUUGUUUGAAGUUUUUUAAAUCAAGGAGAAAUAAAGCAGCAAACUUAUUGCAGAUAAACAGGCAUGGAUUUCUUUUUCACUUUUGAUCAGAUUUUAAAUUUUUAAAUAAAAUGUAUAUUUGUUAAACAGUGGGUUCACAACCUCUUGGCAAGUUCCAGAAUCGAUGUUAUGAUCCAAGAACAAAUGUAAAAUAUCAGCAAUGACCAGGGAAACUAUCAUUUAAAAAAGUCUACUUGGAGGAAGAGACAAAUUCAAAGGAGUGUAGGUAUUUUAGAAGCAGCUCAAACACGAGGAUGGAAGCAGGACUCCAUUUUCACUUCAGGUGUUAAUGGCCCUGAUACCUGUUCCCACUAUAUGGCAAAAUGAAAGAAUGGGUCUAUUAAUCCAUGUGCCAGUUACUACUUCACUGCUGCAAACUAAAUUAAAAUUUUUUAAGGCUGUCAGAUUUUCUUUGUGUUUUUGGGUGUGUGUAGGGGUUGUGGUGAUGGGGUACAGGAUGAUUAGAGGGUUAGAGAAGAGGGAGAGAAAUGUAGAAAAGAAAAGAACAUACUAGAGUUUUUCUCUACAACUUUUUUUUUAUAAUUAUAUCAUCAGUUGUUAAUUUUUUUUGUGUGUGUGUGGAUACCUUUAUAGUGAAGAAAUUCAAAAUCAGCGUUUAAAUUGGAAUUUUUCCCAGACCACAAUCCUAGCAAUGAUGAAAUAUUUAACAUUAAGCAAAUCCUAAUUUUUAAAUGAUUACUCUUGUGAAGCCAGCGUAAUGAUUUUCAAGACAUGUUUUGCUUUCUGCGAAAAGGUGUUAUUGUGUUACUUUUGGUGACCCUCUUCCUAAACACUCAAGACAGAGAUGGCGCUCAUGAUACAGUAGACUCUUGGGCUGCCGUCUGCCCUUCCUGGAGAAACCCGUCAACAAGUUCUUAUUGAGUGCUCACCGAGGCCAUGGCUCGGUUAGUGGGCAUGCAUAUUUGCAUUUGUUGUUGACAACUGUCAGCUCAGACCUCCUCCUCACAACCCCUGUCUAAAUGAGGUUUGAAAUCCUCCUUCCCACCCGCUCUCUUCACUCCCUAGGGCAGGAAUGUUGACUCCUGUUCUCCGUCACCUGUCAGAAUCCAUCUUCCUGUCACUGGCUUAUAUGGACAAGUCAGUCACCAUCACGUGACCCCUGGCUGCUAAAAACAGCUCAGGCACCCAGUCUGAAGCAAGGCCUGAAACAAUGUCCACCACCGAAAGAGACGCAAAGAACACUUGAUCACACAAUCCUUGGAAUUAUUUCAAGGAAACCCUUACCGAAGUCUGUCCGGAGCACCCUUUCCUGCAGUGCACACCGACGGCCAGGAGAUGAGUACUUCUCUGAAUUACAAGUCUUUCUCCAAAGAGCAGCAGACCAUGGAUAACUUGGAGAAGCAACUCAUCUGUCCCAUCUGCUUAGAGAUGUUCACGAAGCCCGUGGUCAUUCUCCCGUGUCAGCAUAACCUGUGCAGGAAAUGUGCCAGUGAUAUUUUCCAGGCCUCUAACCCGUACCUGCCCACAAGAGGAGGCACCACUGUCGCAUCGGGGGGCCGGUUCCGUUGUCCGUCUUGUAGACAUGAGGUGGUUUUGGACAGACAUGGGGUGUAUGGACUUCAGAGGAACCUGCUGGUAGAAAACAUCAUAGACAUCUACAAGCAGGAGUCUACCAGACCAGAGAAGAAGUCCGACCAGCCCAUGUGUGAGGAGCACGAGGAAGAGCGUAUCAACAUCUACUGUCUGAACUGCGAGGUGCCCACCUGCUCCCUGUGCAAGGUCUUUGGGGCACACAAAGAUUGCCAGGUGGCUCCCCUCACUCACGUGUUCCAGAGGCAGAAGUCUGAACUCAGUGAUGGCAUUGCCGUCCUUGUGGGAAGCAACGAUCGAGUCCAGGGAGUGAUCAGCCAGCUGGAAGACACUUGUAAAACGAUUGAGGAAUGCUGCCGAAAUCAGAAGCAAGAACUCUGUGAGAAGUUUGAUUACCUGUAUGGCAUCCUGGAGGAGAGAAAGAAUGAAAUGACACGAGUCAUCACCCGUACCCAAGAGGAGAAAUUGGAACAUGUCCGAGCUCUGAUCAAAAAGUAUUCUGAUCAUUUGGAGAAUGUAUCAAAGUUGGUUGAGUCAGGAAUCCAGUUCAUGGACGAGCCAGAAAUGGCAGUGUUUCUACAGAAUGCCAAAACCCUGUUACAAAAAAUUUCUGAAGCAUCGAAGGCAUUUCAGAUGGAGAAAAUAGAACAUGGUUAUGAAAAUAUGAACCACUUCACAGUCAACCUCAAUAGAGAAGAAAAAAUAAUACGAGAAAUUGAUUUUUACAGAGAAGAAGAAGAUGAAGGAGAAGAAGAAGAAGAAGAAGCAGUUAUAGAAGUGGAAGAGGUAGAAAAUGUUCGAACAGAGUCAUCAGGAGAAGAUGAAACUCCGGAGAAAAACUCUCAGCCCUCGCUGCAGGCCUCCGAGCUCCCAGCAGCCUCCGAGACACUUCCCAUUUCCUCUGCAGAGCCACCUCCAGACCUGCCAUCUACUGCUGAGGCCCCAGUGACACAGGGGGAGGUUGUGCCCAGUGGCUCUCAGCAGACCACAGAGUCUGAAACUCCAGUCCCUGAAGCAACGGAAACUACGGAUCCCUUGUUUUACCCUAGUUGGUAUAAAGGCCAGACCCGGAAAGCCGCCAACCCACCUUCCACCACAGGGAAUGAAGGUCUGGGACAAGUAGGGAAUCCAGGUUCUAAGGAUUCCAGUGAGCAGAAGGCAGCCGUGGCGGAAGCCGCAGCCAAUGAGAGGGCAGCCGAGAGUGGUAAGGAAACUAGUUCACCUGCAGCCACUUCUCAGGAGUUAGUAAUCUGCCUAGCACUUUUGGCUUUUUUGGUCUUACUUCACUACAUCUGGCGUCAGAUUCAGUGCUUGCUUUUUACUUUAAUGGGUAGGAAAUAUUUUCUUUUCCCUUGACUAACAUCUCAUGUAGCUUCUUCCAUAAGAUUCCUCUUCUGGAAGCCCGGAGAAGAAUUUCUCCCCAAACCUUGAG